AAGAUGAUCUAUCUGACGUAUACUGGAAUGUGGUAAUCUAGGUGCAUAUAAUACAUGAAUGGGUAUGGGCUGGUACUCCAAUUGAGGGUGCUGCCUGGCUUCGUAUUCAGAGAUUGGCUGAUACAUGGCAUCGAAUCCUUUUAAUACCUGUCACUGGAGGAGUCAUUGUCGGAAUGAUGUGUGGUUUACUGGAAAUACUGGACCAAAUAAAGCAAUCCACUGCCUCUCAAACACAAGGUUUUGAUUUUCUUGCAGGAAUCUUUCCGACAAUAAAGGCUAUUCAGGCUGCAGUUACUUUAGGUACUGGCUGUUCAUUGGGGCCUGAAGGUCCUAGUGUUGAUAUUGGGAAGUCAUGUGCCAACGGAUUCUCACUAAUGAUGGAACACAACAGAGAAAGGAAAAUAGCACUUGUUGCAGCUGGUGCAGCGGCUGGAAUUUCGUCAGGCUUCAAUGCACCAGUUGCUGGUUGUUUCUUUGCUAUUGAAACUGUGCUGAGGCCUCUCCGAGCAGAGAACUCUCCUCCAUUUACAACUGCCAUGAUUAUACUGGCUUCUGUUAUCUCAUCAACUGUAUCAAAUGUUUUACAGGGGAUCAAAUCAGCUUUCACAAUACCCGAGUAUGAUUUGAAAUCUGCUGCUGGUACUUCUCUUUAAACCCUGCUUUGUAUUAAUACAUUGCAGUUUUCGGUUUGUCAUCAUAU